AUGCCAAACAACAGUUUUUCUUUCUGGGCAACAAAAGAUGACAACAAGCCUGAUUUGCUCUGUGGGAGACCAGCCGAUUACUUUGUGGUCCAAAAGCAUUUCACAAUCAUGAUAUGUGCUACUAUUGUUCUGGGAGGGCUUUCGAAGAUGGUUUUAAAGAAUUCUGAGGUCUUUGUCUUGAUGAUUCUCUCCCUGUCAGGAUUUGUGACAGGGCAGCUGGCUUACCAUUUUGUUGAGGUGCACCAAAUUGUUUACCCUCUUCUAAAAACACCAAGUUUUUCACUUUAUUGUUAUUUUUUACCUUUAAUUGUAUUUGUGGCUGCUUUGGACGUGGACUUUUAUAUAGUCAAGAACGUGUUAUGGCAGGUCUUGUUAAUGGGAAUGAUUAGCUUUGGUACGGCGUUUGUCAUCAUUGCAUAUGUGGUUUUCAAAUUCAAUAAAGAUUCAUGGGAUCUGCAGUGCUGUUUACUCUUCAGCAUCACGCUGUGCUUAAUAGAUCCUCUCCAUUCCGUCAACUCGCUAAAAACGAUUGGCAUUUCUAAGAUGUACACUGACAUCAUCAGAGGAGAGUCCUUGAUCAUUUGUAGUUUCACGUGCAUAUUCUUUGGGAUUUUUCGGGGCCAUACAACUAAUGUUUCCAUGUUCAGGGAGUUACAUGUAAUCAUUGGACUCACCCUUGAUAUUUUUGGGAGCACAAUAUGUGGAUAUUGGUGUACCAGAGUCAUUCAGAUUAUACUGACCGACAUUUUCAGCAACACGCUGACUAACGUUGUUCUGUGUUUUUCACUGGUGUACAUGACUUUCUACCUCGUGGAAUAUUUCGGAAUGUCGGGCAUUAUUGCUUUGGUCACGGUAGGCCUGAAUUUAGAUUCACUAAGCUUUAAACCGCGGAUGGAGUUCAUAAUUACAAAGUUCUUAAUAAUGUGUUCAUCUGCAUAUGAACAUUUAAUCUAUGGUUUCUUUGGCAUUGUUGUUGGCUGUGGGGAAAUCAAGUAUUUCAGAUUUCACUCCUUAGUUUUUACUGUCAUCUUAUAUAUAACAGUGAACUUUGCAAGGUUGCUCACUGUUAUUGUAGUGAGCCCUAUUUUGAAGCAUUCAAGUUAUGAGUAUGAUUGGCGAUGGGGACUUGUCAUCACAUGGUCUGGAAUUAGAGGCGUUUUUAGCUUACUCUUGGCUCCUGAUAUUUAUAAUUUUUCUGAAAGUAAAGUAGAGGCACCACAUAUGUUUAUAUUCUAUAUACAAGUAAUAUCAUUAUUGACAACAGGAAUAAAUUCACACAUGAUGCUUCGAUCAGCCAAGACAUUAGGUUUGUGUGCUCUCUCCCUCCCAAGACAAAUUGCUGUUCAAAAUGCCAUUCAACACAUACAGCAGAUUAUACGGAACACAAUAACUUUAUAUAAGACAGAAAAAACUUUGACAAACGUUAACUGGGAUGUAGUAGAAGAAAAAGCAGAUAUCGAAUACAAUCCUACUCACACUGUUCCGAUUACCCAUAUUCUCCAUGGUUCAAAAGAGGAAUUUGCAACAGAUGAAGUCUUAAUAGAACAGGCCAGAUUGCAUGUAGCUAUAAUACAAAUGAGCAGCUUUGAAAAGCAAUGUAACGAUGGAACCCUUGGCGUAGAGGCAGCCCGAAUACUAAUUGGUGCAACCAAAAGCUACUGCCCCAUCCAUGGAAAAUUCAUGAGUAUUUCUGAUGUUUCAACUUAUGUGAGAGAUAGAAGUUGGCUUAUAAAGUUUAAAAACAUGUUAACUUAUUUGGAAUAUCACAAAGAAAAGAUACUUUUCACUGUACCUGGGGAUAAUAAGUUUCUGAUUUUUGUCUAUCGCACUAUAAUUUCAGAAGAAUUUGAAUAUGCAACAUAUGUUGUAACAAUAAUGUAUAUUUUCCCUAUGAUAAUACAUAUAUGGCCAACUGCAAGAGAGUUAAAUGUAUCGGCACUGAUAUCCAUAAACUACUAUUUUAUGUUUUUAUAUACAUUAGAAUCAGCACUGAAGAUACUAAUUUUAAAAAGGAAAUAUUUUCUUCAUAAUUGGAAUAAUUUGGAUUUUUUCAUCAUAGUUAUUGGAAUCAUUGAUAUAUUAUGCCUGCACUUUGUCAAGCUGAAACCACACAACUUAGUUCUCAUCCAGUUUACAGUGGUAAUAGGAUAUUUUAGAAUAAUUAGGUUUCUUCCUAUCUUCAAGAUUAUAAUACCAAUAUUAAUAAAUAUGACAGACGUACAGAUCAAAAAGAGCCUCAGCUUGAUGUACAGUAUCACAAAAGGCUAUGUCAAAAGUCAGGAAGAUGCCAAACUUUUGGUCAGGCAAAUUUCUGGCCGUGAAUCAGUCUAUCAGAAACUAUAUGACAUUUUAGAGAAAAACAAACGAGAGGCUAUUAAAGAACUAGGACUCAUAGAGCAUGAAGGCCGUGAUGUUGUCAUUGCUCUGAAGACAAAGCAGGCAAUCCGCAAUGUGAUUGCUAAAGCCCUGAAAAACCUCACCUUCCUCUGGUCAAGAGGCAUCAUUGAUAAGCACAAGGGCAUUGAGAUGAAUAAGGUACUUCUUACAAAAAUCAAAGCCUUGAAUAACUUUCCAAUGGCAAUCCCGCCUCCAACCCCUGACAAAUACCUACCUAACAUCAUUUGGUUGGAAAAUAAAGAUGUCCUCAUUGAGUUCUUCAAGAGAAGAACUAGACUCACCUAUUUCGACUAUGGUGAUAUCAUCUGUAGAGAAGGUGAAAUGUCACAAGGAAUCUUCUUAAUUAUUUCAGGAAUGGCUAGUUUGCAUAGCUCAUCUCCCACCUUUGGGAUAGAAGCAAGCCAGAGGACUGACAGACAGUUCAAGUCUAUGUACACAGAGUACUGUACCAGUGGGGAUGUUCUUGGUGAACUAAGCUGUUUGCUUAAGCGCGAAGUUGAUUAUACUGCCAUCUGUGAAACUACUUUGCAGGCCUUCUUCAUCCCCUUGGAGGAUAUAUAUGAAGGUUUUGAUGUCUUCUGGCCAUCUCUGGAAUAUAAAAUAUGGCUCAAGCUUGCUCUUAAUAUUGCGAAUCAGUAUUUUGAAUCAAAUGUUGCUGGUGAGGAUUUAAACUUUCGUAAGUGUGUGACAUCCAAUCACGCAUAUGUGGAGACUCUGUCAAGCUAUAAUGAAAUGACUCUUAAUCAUGUGACCACGAAACUCGUUAUUCUUGUGUACGGCCAUGUAAUUGAUAACAAAACGAAAGAAUCACAUGUUGCACCCAGCAUUAUUCCUAAGUCCUGUGAGCAGAUCCAGGGAAUUUCAGAUGUAAGCAAGCUUCUGCUCAUCCCAACAUCUGAGCCUGUCACAAAUGAUGAGACCUCCCAUGCCAUGGUCAACACUGGUCUUCGAACGACCAAGAAAGACUAUAACUGGAAGAGGAAAGAAGAGGUGGAAAGUGGACAUCUCUUUAGAAAGACGUAUUAGCAAGACAGCUAUGGUGUGUGGAGUCAGGUAAAGGUGGAGCUGACACCCGUGCACUAAUGUUGACUUAGGAACUGCUCAAACUGUUUCCUGCUGCAGUUAUUUUAGAACCAAUUAGUGGAUGGCUACCAACACUUCAGACUUUUAGUAGUUGCAUUAUACUUGAGAUACUCAAAAAGUCUUCAGGAUACUAUGAAAUUCUUUAACGCCGAGGGAAGGACCCCUUCCCCUGACUUAACACAAGUGGUGGCAAAGUUAAGUUGGCAAGUGAGAUGUGCAGUUAAUGUGGAAGUCCAAAGCAGAAUACUUGUGAAACUGCUGUAAUUAAUGCACCUCGGACACUUUGUAUCUACCUUCUCUAAUUUAGUAUGUGCUGAAAAAUGGGAAAAUGUUCCGGUGUCUUGGUUACUGAAAGCAAAGUCUAGGAGAAAUCAACAUUCUUACAUUUCAUAGUCCUGUUUGACAUAACUUUCUAUUUUAUUUUUAAAAGCCAAAUAAAGUUUAAUGUUAUGGUCAAUGAACAACUUUUGAGAACCCAUUAUUCUUUAUCAUUUCAACCAGACUGAGAAUAGGAUAGUUUUGGGAAAAUCAUAAUAGAGGUAACAACAACAACAACAAAAGUGUGGUAGAAAAAGUUGACCUUUCAAACCUCAGGGCAGGUCCUGAGUGGCCUUCACUAUGUCAGGAAAUGCCAGGAAUGACUGUACACUACAGAAACCUGAGUGCACUUGACCACAGAGGUUCAUUUUUCUGAUGUAACAUGUCUGCAAAGAGGUAGAGCAGGCUGGUGCUGCCACUCGAGUGUCAUGGGCCAAGUCCCUUCUAGUGUCCCACUCCUUCACCCUUGUCCUUGUCCUCUCUUGUUAGAAACACCUGUAAAGAUCUUCCAUUCUAGAUGGAAGGCUGCCUAGUUUUAAUAGUCAGUUUGCCUCAAUGUAUCUGAGGAGCUUCAGUUGAGGAUUACCUAGAUCAGGUGGACCUAUGGGCAUGUUUGUGGUGGGGAUUGUCUUGACUAUUAAUUGAUGUCGGAAGAUCACUAGCCUGUUGGGGAUGGUACCAUUUUAUGGGCUGGGCCCUGAACUGUUUAAGAGUGAAAAAAAAUAUAAGCAUCAACCAAGCAAAGAUGAAUUUAUUCUUUUUGCUCUCGAUUGUGGAUGCGACGUGACCAGUUCUUGCUUGGUCUUCCCCCAAAUGAUGGAUUAUGUGGAUGCGACGUGACCAGUUCUUGCUUGGUCUUCCCCCAAAUGAUGGAUUAUGUCCUAGAACCGGAAGUGAAAUAAACCCU